CAGGCCGGCCACAACACCUCUGUCGCGAAAGCUUUUUCUUUCUCGAUCAAACAAUCCUCGAGGCUUCUCUUCCUCUUUCUACUCUCUUCUCUCUCUACCGCUCUGCUCUCUGAGUCGUCGGGCAAAUCCGCGUGAUUGAGGGCUGGUCACACAGCCAAGAGUCGCCAAAACGACGUCCUUCAUCCUCCUCCCUUCUUCCUUCACUUCUCAAUCUCCCUCUUUGCUACCCCGCGCAGCUAGCUCUGCCUUUCGCCAAGCUCAAGUGCUUCACUGCACUUUACUCUACACCACCACACGUCACUACGCAAAAUCAAGACGCACAAUGCCUCCCAAGAAGCAAGUCGUCGAGGAGAAGAUCCUCCUGGGCAGGCCCGGUAACAACCUGAAGAGUGGAAUUGUUGGCCUUGCAAACGUUGGAAAGUCCACCCUCUUCCAGGCCAUUACCAAGUGCAACCUGGGAAACCCAGCCAACUUCCCCUACGCCACUAUCGACCCUGAGGAGGCACGUGUCAUCGUCCCCGAUGAUCGCUAUGAUUGGCUUUGCGAAAAGUACAACCCCAAGUCGCGCGUGCCUGCCAACCUUACGGUGUACGAUAUCGCCGGUCUGACGAGAGGUGCCUCCACUGGUGCCGGUCUCGGUAACGCCUUCUUGUCGCACAUUCGCGCCGUCGAUGCCAUCUUCCAGGUCGUUCGUUGCUUCGACGAUGCCGAGAUUAUCCACGUCGAGGGUGACGUCAACCCCACCCGUGAUCUCGACAUCAUCAGCGACGAGCUGCGGUUGAAGGAUAUCGAGUUCACCGAGAAGGCCCUCGAGAACCAGAAGAAGAAGACUCGUUCUGGUGGCAAGGGCCUCGAGCACAAGAAGGCCAUGGAGGAGCAGGCUACCAUUGAGAAGAUUCUUCAGCACUUGAAGGACGGCAAGGAAGUCCGCAAGGGUACCUGGGGCCCCAAGGAGAUUGAGGUUAUCAACCCCUUGUUCCUCCUUACCGCCAAGCCCGUCGUGUACUUGGUCAACCUCUCGGAGAAGGACUUCAUUCGCAAGAAGAACAAGUACCUUCCCAAGGUUGCCGAGUGGGUCAAGGAGAACGCUCAAGGCGACCCCAUCAUCCCCAUCUCCGUCUCUUUCGAGGAGCGUUUGACCCGCUACGAGACUGAGGCCGAGUCCAAGGAGGAGCAGAAGAACGUUGGUGCCGAGUCCUCUCUGCCCAAGAUCGUUCUUCAGAUGCGCAAGGUCCUCAACCUUGGCAGCUUCUUCACCACCGGCACGGACGAAGUCCGCCAGUGGACUCUUCGCAACGGCACCAAGGCGCCCCAGGCUGCCGGUGUCAUUCACACUGACUUUGAAAAGACCUUCAUUCAAGUCCUCGUCUACAACUUCACCACGCUUAAGGAACUCGGCACUGAAGCCGAGGUCAAGGCCAAGGGCAAGGUUAUGACCAAGGGCAAGGAUUACGUUGUGGAAGAUGGAGACAUCUUGCUCAUCAAGGCCGGUGCUGCCAAGAGUUAGAGAACGAAUAUCUGAUGGAAACUUGAGAUAUUGGGAAUGGUCAAAAAGCUCUGCCUUUUUUCGGUUUAGAUAUCACUGCCGGCUAAUAGAAGUCCUUUGCCACCA